AUGAGUUGUCUGCUGCACUGGGCCAUCUUUGCGCUCAUGGGACUGCUUUUUGCGAGAACGAUGGCUUGGACUUCAAGUGGGAAGACGCACCCUGAGCUAGUCAACAACCUGUACAAAAAAGGCAUAAUUAAAUCCCAGCAGGUUUUUGAUGUAUUGCUGGCUACUGACAGAGGUCACUACAUCAAGUAUUUCCCAUACAUGGAUUCUCCUCAGUCUAUUGGAUACAAGGCUACAAUCAGUGCACCACAUAUGCAUGCCCAUGCACUGGAGCUGUUGAAGGACCAGCUCGUGGAAGGUGGUAAGGCACUGGAUGUUGGAUCUGGAAGUGGAUAUCUUACAGCUUGCUUUGCCAGGAUGAUGGGCCCAACAGGGAAAGCUGUGGGUGUUGAACACAUUAAAGAGCUGGUACAUGAAUCCAUCAGAAACGUCCAAGAAGAUGAUCCAACUUUGCUUAGCUCUGGCCGUGUAAAACUUGUGGUUGGAGAUGGCCGGCAGGGAUACCCUGAAGAGGCUCCUUAUGAUGCCAUUCAUGUUGGAGCAGCGGCAGCGACUGUACCAAAGGAGUUGCUGAAUGAAUUGAAGCCGGGGGGCCGUCUAAUACUGCCUGUUGGUCCUGAGGGUGCAAACCAAGUCCUGAUGCAGUACGACAAAACCAGCGACGGGCAGAUUGUUGAAACCCAACUGAUGGGUGUCAUCUACGUUCCUCUCACAGACAAGGAAAAGCAAUGGCCUCGGUAAAAACUUCCUCCCUCGAGGAAUGCGUCUCCUCCCGGCUAUCCCUGUGACCUUGCUUUCCUUGACUCUCGGCAUUACUGAAAGAUUUCUGAAAUCUUAGCAGAUGCUGUUUGUAAGAGAAGGAAGAGGCUUGGCUGGUAAGGCCCAGAAGGAAAGUAGUUAGAUAGGGAUCACAGACUGACUG